CACAUAUACCUCCCCACGUAUUCAGAUCGUAUACACCAGUCCUAGAAGCACAGACGGCACUGGCCUAAGGCUUUUAACAGGGACAUUGGACAGAUUUCUGGUGAAAAGCAACACGACCUCACUUAACUCAGAGCAGUAAAUAAGGACAUGCAUUUAUAUGUCAUCUUCAUUACAGACAGAGAGACCACCAUGUUUGCCUUUGGAAUUUGCCUGUUUUUAUCCAUUGCAGCUGCACAGGGUGCUACAUAUGAGCUGAGUCUGAUGGAAGAUUCCAUUGACGACAUGUUCUCUGGCUGCACCAUGAAAACUGCUGACAAAAUCAUUGGAGUUUACCAUCCCAGGGAGAUCCAGGAAAAGCCCUUUGGUGAUGCUUGGAACACCGCAGAUUCAUGCGCCAAAAACAUGCUAGAAAAGAUGCAGAGCAAGUACAAGGAACUAACAAUCAACCACACUCGUGCUAUCUGUGCCUAUACCAAAGCGGAACCAGUACUCGAUAAACCACUAAAUGCAGCACUUCAGCAGGCUUCAUCAUCGUACACUACACCUACUUUCCAGUUCCACACUGUCUAUUUUUGGCUCACUUCUGCCAUACAAAUACUUAAGAAGUCCUGUGAAACUACUUACAGGAGAUCACACGAUAUAUUCAAUGGGAAGCUCAACCAAGUAAUACGAUUUGGUCACUUUGCUUCAAGUUCCAGAGAUCCAAAUCUAAAACUGUUUGGAACGAAGACCUGUUUUCAUAUCAAAACCUGCUUAGGAGCGUUCAUAGGUGAAUAUUCAGAUUUUAAAGGUGAGCGGGAAGUACUUAUCCCUUCAUAUGAAAAAUUUAAAAUAGUAGACAUUUUGUCAGGUACAGAUCAAAAUCCUGUGUCUUAUGGAGACAUGAAAGACUGUUCCAAAAUAUUUGUGCUGAAAAAUGUAGGAGAUCGCACCAAGCUCAACUGUAAAGUUGCCAAUCACAACCCGCAAAUCAGAGCCAGCAUUCCUUUAAUAGUUGGUUUUCAGCUUAUUAUCGGUUUCAUUUGGAAGUGCUUUUCAAACACUGCCAUCUAAGUAAUAAUGUGAUUGUUUUAUGUCUGUUUGCAUGUCCGCUUGUAUUGAUCUAUUAUCUAUGUCUCAUUGACAGCAAGUGAAUAUUCACUCUGCCCCUGCAUCCAACAGAUCAGUGUGUGGAUGAAAAAUAACUUUCUCCAGCUAAACUCAAAGACACGACUGAAAUCAUACUCUUUGACCCACAGAAACAAAGAGAAAAUGUCAGCAUCUCCUCCAGUCUCUCUCUCUAAAACCUUCAAAUCAGACUAGAAAUUUAAGAGUAAUAAUGGACUCAGACUUGAACUUUAACAGACACAUCAAAUCAAGAACAUCUGCAGCUUUUUACCACCUAAAAAACAUGUCAAUAAUCAAAGAUAUAUUGUCAAAACCAGACUUGGAGAGACUUAUCCAUACAUUUGUCUCCAGUAAGUUAGACGACUGUAAUGACUUGCUCACUGGCCUCUCCAGCUGCAGAACAUCCAGAACAUCCAGAACAUCCAGAACAUCCAGAACAUCCAGAACACUGCUGCUCAGCUCCUGACUAGAACCAGGAAGUACUUCACACAUGUGUCCUGUGCUUAAAUCCAGACUCAAAACACUUCUGUUCAGCUGUGCAUGUGACUGAAAGGGUUUUAUUCUGCUUUCUUUUCUUUUAAUGU